CGCAGGACGCGCAGCUUUUAAACUUGUCUUCAGUGUUGCGGAAGUGAGACGUGACCGUUUCUUCUUCACGCAUUGACAAUUUUCUCAUCAAUUCAUUCCAGAUAUGGCAGCGAAUGGAGCCAAAGAGGCUCUUGUGAAUAAACUGGGCUUUAAAAGCAGCAGCAGCUCGAAGUCAGCAGAGAUGGAGAUGGAGAAGCUGAAGAGAGAGAAUGAGCAGCUGAAGAGGAGUUUAGAGCAAACGAAGAGAAAUGGAAAACAUUCAGAUCCUGACAGAGCCAAACUGCUGGAGAGGAUUUUAGCCCUGGAGACGCUGAGAGAGAAGAACUCUCAGCAGCUGCUGGGGAAAGAUCAGGAGAUGUCCAGUCUGAGAGAACAGCUGCGGGCCGCACACGGGGACGUGGUGUCCUCACUGCAGGACAAACUCCUGCAGAAACAACAGGAGGCUCAGCAGAGAGAGAGCCAGUUUCAGGCCCUGUCAAAAGAGACAGAAGACCUGAAAAACAAGUGUUGUGCUGUAUCUCAGAGGUGUGAAGAACUCGAGAAACAAAAGGGUCCCUCUGGUGAGCAGGCAGCGGUUCAGGAGCAUUUGAGGGAUGCUCUGGAGAAGAACCAGAGCUGGCUGAUUUAUGACCAGCAGCGGGAGGCCUACGUUCAGGGGAUUAUGGCCAGGACCCGGCAGCUGGAGACUCAGCUGAAUGAAGCGCUCCAGCAAGAGCACAAAGAAGCCAAUUCAAAUGGAGAGUCGGGGCAGCUGCUGGAGGCCGAACAGGCCCGGGCCAGCCGGAUCCAGGCAGAACUCAAUGAUCUGAGAGUGAAGUAUGAGGAGAGGAGCAGGGAAGCGGCGGAGGCCCGUGAGCAGCUGCAGGAGGAGAGGAAGAACAGCAGAGAGGCUCUGUUAGAGGAGAGGAGGUGUUCUGCUGAACGAUCCGCCCGACUUCAAUGUGAGCUGGAGACGGUCAAUACCAGACUAGAGGAGGAGAGGAGGAGAGUGUCCGAGCUACUGCAACAGGUGAAUGUCUUGCAGAAGUCUUUGGUGAGGCAGCAGGAAGAGAAGAAGAGGAUCUCUGUCCUUGAACAGCAGAUCCAUUUGUCGGCCAAAGAAUCUGAAAGUGAAAAACUGGAGCGUCAAACUUUGCAACAUCAGCUCCACAAAGUUUUGAAGGAGCUUCGUAAGGCCAGAGACCAGAUUACACGACUGGAGUCUUCAAAACAGCAACGAGAGUCUCGAUUCUCCGAGCCCAGCUCUUGUAACAGGAUGGAUUUUGAGAGAUUGACUAUUCAAGAUCAAGCCACAUCUCCAUCUAAAGUCCAGAGCUUAAUGAACGAGAGCUUUCUGGAGUGUCCUGUCUGUUGUGCUUCCUACCCCGCCAACCAGUACAGAGAGCUCCUCGCUCACCUCGACCUCUGCUUCAGCUGAACCCCCCUCACAAACACACCAGAGAGAUUCUACACACUCCUCCUUCACUGCGCUCACAAGCUUGUUUUGAUUCCUGCUGUUUUAGGGCUUUGCUUGUCACCAUUCCAAAGAUAUCUCUCAGUAUUUUAUAUUUUCUGUCAUUUUAUUUUGUUUCCAAGUGUGUUAAUAGCAUCAAACUUUUGAAUUCUUGAAUUUCAAAAGUUUGAAGAAACCUUCCUAGAACAAUCGUAGAGGUAUUUGUUUACAUGGGGAAUUUAAAAAUGUUUUAAUUUAUGAAUUCUAAUGUGAAUUUUAUUGUCUUGGUUUUCUUUAUGUGCAGGAUUCUUUUAACAUGCAGUACUUAUGUUUAUAUUUUGAAGUUCAGUACUAUACAGUAUACGCGACCACUGUACUUGAUAGUUAACCAUGAACAUCAGUGAAUCAUCUGCUUGAAUUAAUAAAAACAAA